AUGUCACCCCUGCGUAAGAUAGCACUUUUCACUAUAGCAUCUUCGUCUCCAGAUGAGGAAGCGAUUGGGAGAGAUGGCGAGCACGGUGGACGCGGUCGGAGAGCCGAUCCCGACGUCGGCGGUGCUGAUGGCGGCGUCGAAGCACAUAGCGACGAGAUGCAGAAGGACGAUCCUAACCCUGAGAAAUGCCUCGACAAAGGCCACCAAGUCACUCGCUGUGUUCUUCGCCUGCUGAAAGAUCUUCAUCAAAGGUGCACAAAAGAGAUGGAUGCUUAUGCCGCCUGUCUGUACGACCAUACGAAUGAAUUUGAGUUAUGCCGUAAAGAGCAGAAAGAGUUUGAGAAAGCAUGCCCAUUGGAAUGA